UUUAGGCAAGUUUACUUGAUGAAGGAAUUAAAAUUCUAGCUUUGUUCAUUCAAGUCAGUCAAAAAUUAUCGAGCACCUACUACGUGCCAGCCAGUAAGAAAUAGUUUCUUCCCAUUUUUCAAAGUCAGUCGCUAAAAGCGACCACAAGGCAGCCGGUAGGCCCAGAACCUUUGAGUUCUGGCUCCGCCCUUCUGCGCUGGGCUUUUCCUGCUCCUCCCAUCACCACUUCACCCAGAGCCAUUCACUGGCCCAAGACGAAAAACGAAGCCAGUGUUUGCUGCAUCAUCGCCUUCUCUAGACUCGGGUCUCAAGCCUUGUAGCGGAGAAGGCGAGAUCUAAUGCUGCACCACCGGUCUGUUCCGCCCUCAGUUUUCCGAUCUCUCCGGAACGCUUUCAGAGAGGAUCCUCAGUGAGACGGCACUCGAUUGAAUCGGUCUGUCACUACAGUCCAAGGAGGCGGGUUCGUAGCAGCUGUUCCUAAGUCAAAGCCAGAGGUCCUUACUGCGCACGCGCAGUAGACAGCCAAAGGAGCCACCGAUGGAGCCGUCCGGAGGGGAGCAAGAGCCCGGAGCCGUCAGGCUCCUGGACCUGCCCUGGGAAGACGUGCUGCUCCCACACAUCCUGAGCCGGGUCCCGCUGUGCCAGCUGCUCCAGCUGCAGCGCGUCAGCCGGGCCUUUCGGGCCCUAGUGCAGCUGCACCUGGCAGGGCUGCGCCGCUUCGACGCCGCUGAGGUGGGUCCGAAUAUCCCGCAGACCGCAUUGGUCUGGCUGCUGCGGGACGCCGAGAGGCUGCAGGAGCUGGCGCUGGCGCCGUGUCACGAAUGGCUGUCUGAUCUGGAUCUGGUACCGGUGCUGGCGCGGAAUCCGCAGCUGCGGAGUGUGGCGCUGGCCGGCUGCGGGCUACUGAGCCGCCGCACGCUGGGGGCGCUGGCAGAGGGCUGCCCUCGCCUGCAGCGCCUGUCGCUUGCGCACUGUGACUGGGUAGACGGGCUGGCCCUGCGCGGUCUCGUCGACCGCUGUCCGGCCCUUGAAGAGCUGGACCUCACCGCCUGCCGCCAGCUCAAGGAUGAGGCCAUCGUGUACCUGGCACAGAGGUGCGGCUCGGGGCUUCGCAGCCUCUCGCUGGCGAUCAACGCCAAUGUAGGGGACACCGCCAUCCAGGAGUUGGCUCGGAACUGCCCGGAACUUGAGCACCUCGACCUAACCGGCUGCCUCCGCGUCGGAAGCGACGGCGUCAGGACAUUGGCUGAAUACUGCCCUGCGCUGCGCUCACUGCGGGUGCGGCACUGCCACCGUGUGGCUGAGCCCAGCCUGAGCCGCUUGCGGAAGCGGGGUGUGGACAUCGACGUGGAACCGCGGCUGCAUCAGGCCCUGGUGCUACUGCAGGACAUGGCAGGCUUUGCACCCUUUGUCAACCUGCAGGUCUGACCCGUCCCCUCCUGGGGGCACAGCUGGACUGUGUGUCAGGGCCUGACUAUGAACUGUAGGGAAACUGGACUGUGGGGGCCUCUGGUGAGAGGCCAUUGCCCUAUCCCACCCUGGAGCUUCAAAUAAAAAGCUUUUUACCCCC